AUGGAGCAAAAUGAGCAAGAGGCAGUGCAGAAGAGGACGUUCACUAAAUGGAUCAAUUCCCACUUGGCAAAGCUUGUCCCGUCCCUGGUGGUGACGGACCUGUUUGAGGACAUCAAGGAUGGGGUGAUGCUGCUGGCCCUGCUGGAGGUCCUGUCUGGACAGAAGCUGCCAUGUGAGCAGGGGAGGAAGCUGCGGAGGAUCCACUGGGUCUCCAACAUCGGCACGGCGCUCAACUUCCUGGAGGGCAGAAAGUCUGCGUACAGGGGAUCACCGAUCAAGCUAGUCAACAUCAACUCGACUGACAUCGUCGAUGGAAGACCAUCUAUCAUACUGGGGUUGAUUUGGACAAUAAUCCUCUAUUUCCAGAUAGAAGAGUUGACCAGUAACCUGCCAGCGCUCCAGGCCCUCUCUAGCAGCACCUCCUCAGUGGACAGCUCCGACACCACCAGCCCGCCUGUCAAGAGGAGGCCCCUCCCCCCGCUGCAGGGUGGGGCCAGGAAGGCCCUACUCAGAUGGGUCCAGCAGACCGCCACCAAGCAUCUGGGGAUCGACGUGAAAGACUUUGGGCCGAGCUGGCGUACAGGUGUGGCAUUCUUCGCAGUGAUCCUCUCUCUUCGACCCCACCUGGUCGACAUGGAGCGUGUGCGGAGGAGAGCCAAUCGAGAGAACCUGCAGGAAGCCUUCUCAUUGGCCGAAACUGAGCUGGGCAUUCCGCAGCUACUGGACCCAGAAGAUGUGGAUGUUGACAAACCGGAUGAGAAGUCCAUCAUGACGUACGUGGCCCAGUUUCUGAAGCACCACCCCAACCCUGGUCACCAGCAGAACAGUGACUCGGACUCCCAGCCAGAAGAAGAGAGAGAGCAGCGCAAGGGCCUGAGGGAGCUGAAGACCUGGCUGGAUCAGCUGGAGCUAGACACAGCACGUACUCAGGAGACCAAGGGCAACCUCAGCCAGCAGUAUCAGUCCUUUAAGAGUGUACGUGUUCAAUUGGAGAUGAAUAGGAAGCAGGUGGAGGCAGCGGUCCUGUCCACGCAGAAGGAUGGGAUGUUGACCGUGGACCAGGCUCUGGUUAAACAGGCCUGGGACAGAGUGUCCAACAGGCUCCUAGGGUGGCACCUGCAGCUGGACAGGGCUCUGCCCGCCCCCCUGGGUGUGGUGGGGGAGUGGCUGCACCAGGCUGAGGGGGCACUCCGACAGGAGGUCACUAUUCAACAGACAUCUGACGCGACAUCUAACACUGUCCACAUGACCCUGGAGCAACACAAGGACAUGCUCAAAUGUCUUGAAGGUCACCAGCAGGUCUUCCAGAGGAUCCAUAAAGACAGAAGUGUCAACGGAGUCCCUGUCCCCCCAGAGCAGCUGCAGGACAUGGCAGAGAGAAUGAACUUUGUAUCGACUUCGUCAAACAUUCAUCUGGCCAAGAUGGAGUUCUGGGAGAAUAAACACCACAUGCAGGCGUUCCUGAUGCUGGCAGAGUCCAAGCUCAAAUCCUGGAUCAUCAAAUAUGGCCGGCGAGAAUCAGUGGAGUUAAUGUUACAGAACUAUGUUUCAUUUGUUGAAGGACAGCAGUUCUUUGAGCAGUACGAGACAUUGUUCCAGACUCUGAAACAGUCUUCUGAGCUCUAUGUCAAGGCUGAUGGCUCAGUGGAUGAAGGUGAGGCGGGGGUUAGGAGGUUCAUGCGGGAGGUGUUGACCCAGUGGAGGAGUCUGUCUGUGGAGGUGCGCAGUGUAAGGAGCAUGCUGGAUGAGGUGCUCUCUAACUGGGAGAGGUACAGCUGCACUGUGGCCUCUCUACAGGCCUGGCUUGAGGAUGCAGAGGGAGCACUCAGCCAGCCUGAAAACAUCAAACGGGAGUUCUUCCGCAACCUUUCUCAGUGGAUGGAUCAGCACUCUGUGAUGAACGACGCAGGGAACUUCUUGAUUGAGACAUGUGACGAGACUGUGUCACGUGACCUGAAACAGCAGCUUCUCCUGCUCAACGGGAGGUGGAGGGACCUGUUCGUCAAAGUCAAACAGUACGCCCGUGAAGACGAGCUGGACAAGUGUAGGAGGGACCACAUGAGGGCCAUCUCUGCCCUGAGGGAGCUGCUGGACGGUGCAGAGUUGAAGCUCAACGCCCCUGUACAGGUCUCCUUCCUCAACAUCAGGUCUUUCCUACAGGAUGUGGAGAACACCAAGAAAAAGGUUGUUGCCAUGGAGACUCAGUACAAGUUGGCUGCCUGCAGUGCCCAGCUCCUGUCCAAGGAUGCCCCGCAGGAGGAGGGCGCCAAGGCCAUGGCUACUAUGACAACGGUCAAAGGUCAACUCAGUAAGGUGAGGGAGAGGUGCCCUUCUCUGGUGAGGGAGUGCCAUGGACUGCUCCCCCUACUGGAGGAAAUGGAGAAGCACAUCACAGGCUUCUACCAGGCUCUGGAGAGGGAUCCGAUCACUGCAGCAGGCAGAGACCCAAAGCCACAGGCCCAGGUCCAGGGACAACACAAACACAAGUGGCAGGACCUCCUGAGCCAGCAGCAGAGCUGUAAGAUGUGUUUAUCUGUGAUUGAGAGGAACCUCCACUCCCUGCAGAGGACGCUCUCCUCCAGCAAGGCCCUGAGGAACUUCGACCAGACCCUCCUGCAGAAGAGAGUGACCGAGAUUCAGACCUCUGCACAAGGUCUGUUGAAGGAGGUGGUGGAGUGGAGGAGGCAGGAGGAGGCCAACAGCACCAUGAGGAGGAGGUUUGAGGAGUCUCGUCAGGAGCUGGAGAGAGUGCUGAAGGUGGCAACCACCUGCCUGAGAGAGGGGGGAAACGCAGAGGAGCUGCUGAGAAAACAAAGUGAGUUCUUUGGGCAGCUAGACCAGCGGGUCCUGAGUGUGUUCUUAAAGGCCUGUGACGAUCUGACAGACAUCCUGCCUGAGGAGGAGCAGCAGGCGCUGCAGGACACUGUCAGGACGCUGCACAAACAGUGGAAGGACAUCCAGAUGGAGGCGCCGUUUCACCUGCAGCGUCUGAAGGUGGAGGCAGAGCGAGGCCGGGCAGGGGCCGUCCUACAGGAGUGCAGGGCGGAGCUGGCCAGAGAGAUCCAAGCACUGACCACCACAGGCAGCGAGACAGUCAUCAGAGAACACAGGGCCUUCUUCAGGGAGAAAGCACCUCUCAGUGUGUGUGAGAAGAGCAUAGGCAACAUGGAGGAGCUCUGUCAGACACUCCCUGACAACGACUCGGCUAGACAAACCCUGGACUCCACCAGGAGGGCCCUGGCAGACGUCAAAGGUCAGAUAGAGGCCACCCACCUGAAGCUGCAGCAGCACUCCCAGUGGAGGGAGUGGAAUGACAGGUUCUCAGAGCUCUCUGAUUGGCUGUUGUCUCAGAGAAGCCAGGUGAGGCUCCUGAGGGAGAGAGCCAGAGAUCGCUCCCACCAGGAACAGGUGGAUACUACUGUCCAGGAGCUCCAGAGGGCAGCCGAGGGGCAGGAGGAGAGCCUGUCCUGGCUGAAUAGUCGUCUGGCUGUACUGACAGAGGUCAGUCCUGAGGUGGAGGCUAUUAGACAGAGGGCUGCCCUGGCCAAACUCUCCUCUGACCUCACCACCCUGCUCUCCUCUCUCUUGGAGUGGGGUCAGGAGGGGUCUGUGAGGGUCCACAGUGAGGAGCUGAGGGAGGAUGUGCGUUGUGCUCUAGAGGAGGUUCUCAGGGCUCGAAGGGAGGCUCAGGAGCAGACCAGCAGGAUCCUGGAGGCAGAGAACCCAGAGGAGGCCAGGCAGCUGCUCCUCAUACACCAGCAGCACCUGAAGCGUCUGCAGACCGACAGGAAGAAGGCAGAGCUACUAGUCGCUCACUGUCGCCAGCUGCAGAAGGUGGAGGGGCUUAGUAGCUCACUACGGGAACUAGAGGGUGCUUUCAGAGAGGUGGACCGCAAAGUAGGGGCCCAGGAGCACAAUCUGCAGGCGACUCUGGGUGCAUGGCAGGAGUUUGACGCAGAGAGAGAGGCAGUAUGGCAGUUUGUCAGCAGUACCAGCCCUGUCUUACAGAGGGAACUCAUCUUCAGCAGCCUGGACAGCCUCAGGACUGAGCUGGGUCAAAGUCGAAUGAUGUUUUUUGACAGUGUGGAGUAUGUGGUACAGACAGACUCCCUGUCGAGGAAGGCAGCAGAGAUUCAGUUGGGUCCUAAGAACCAGACCCUCCUACAGCAGCAAGCCCAGCAGACCACACAACAAGUCACACAACUGGAGGCCAGCCUCAAUAAGAAUGUUGACCUGCUGGAGAUGGUGUGUGUUUGGUGGGAGCGUUUCAUCAGGGAGUCAGAGGCCUUCUCCUCCUGGAUCUCAGAGAGGGAGCGAGAGCUGGACACUGUGGACUCCAACUCCUCCUCAGACCGCCUUGAUAAACACAUCAGCACAGUGGAGUUUGUUGGAGCAAGACUAGAAGAGCGGGCAGCCAUCUUGUCCCACCUGGAGGCGGAGUCAGAGGCUCUGUCAGGGUUUGUGACCCCUGGGGAGGCGGGGCGUAUCCGGGCGCGGCUGGCUCAGAUGGAGCGAUACUGGGAGGAGCUUAAGGAGAGCGUAGAGCAGCUGGGGGGACAGCUCAACCAGAGUGCCACCUGCAGGCAGAGGUUUAACAACAACUUGGAACAGGUGAAGACAACGAUGGUUGACCUCAAAGAGAAGCUGGACAUCACCAUCACCUGCUGUACAUCCUCCUCAGAGACCUACAGAGUUCUCCAGGACCAUAUGGACGUAGUCCAGGCCUUGGAGCAGCUGAAGCCCAGGCUGGUGGCUCUGUGCUUGGGGAAAAAGAGGCUGGGUAAAGGGGAUCUGCUGGAGGGAGAGGUGGCUAACCUCCAGAAGGACCAGGGAGAAUACAUAGAGCAGGCUGCAGAGAAACAGGCUACACUGGAGAAACUGCUGGUACUAUGGCAAAAGUAUGAGAAGGAGAGUUCCAGUCUCAGGUCCUGGUUAGACAGAUGUGAGUCUGUCUGCUGUCCAGACACUCAACUCCUCUCUACAGGCAAAGCAAAGCUGAUGAAUGAGCUGCAAACUGUACAGGAAAUGCAGAGUGAUUUGCAGUCCCAUGAAGCUUUUCUGCAGGGUGUGGUGAGUUUGGGGGCGUGUCUCUACCCUACAGCACCAGAGGGGCGGGUCAGAGAACUCACUGAUGACAUUACACAGCUGGAGGAGAGAAGCACCUCAAUGAAAAACUGUAUAACACAAAGGCUGCAGCAGCUGCAGACACACCUGUCUCAGGUGGAGCUCUUUGACGAGGCCCUGCUGACCCUCACCCAGUGGAGCGAGAACUUCUUGUCUGUACUCAGAACGACUUCCCAGGUCAACAUAACUGACCUGCAGGCUGCUGUCACCCAGGUCAAGGAGCAUGAGGAGUCCCUCCAGGAGCAGACAGCCCUGAGAGAGACCCUGCAGCAGAGAGAGUCCUCCCUCCUCUCCUUCUCCUCCCCAGAGGCCCAGCAGCAGCUCCAGGGCCAGAGGGAGGACUGCCUGCAGCCCCUCAGCGAAGCCCAACAUCUGCUCCUUCUCCGUGGAGAGAGCCUGGCUGAGCUGGGGGUCUUCCUCCAGAGCCAUGGAGCUGCAGCCGGGGAGGUCAGAGGCCUCCGGGAGGCUGUGGAGGGCAGGGGGAGCUGGGACCGUUCGAAGGCUGAGGAGCUGCACCACGGGCUGGGAGAGGUGGCCGGGGAUGUGGCCCGUCUGGAGGCCCAGGCAGUGGGGUUGGAUGGGAGGCUCAGCAAGGCCCACCUCCACCUGAGUGGGGCGGAGUGGAAAGGCUCCAGGGAGUGGGGUCUGGGUCAAGGUCCCGGCCAGGGGAGGACGUCGUGCAGGGGCCAGGCUGUGGCCCUCAUGGUGGCCCUGGAGGGGGUGCAGCGAGGCCUGGGGUGGAGGCAGAGCCAGGCGGAGGCCCUGGGGGCACUGUGGACCUCCUUCAGGGAGAGGAGGGAGGAGGUGAUGAGGAGUCUGAGGGAGCUGGAGGAGAGGGCCAGGCAGGAGGGGGCCAGAGAGAGCAGCGUACAAGCCUUUCAGAACAGUCUGCGAUUCUUUGUCCAGUUGGAGGAUGAGCUUCAGUCUCUCCAGCAUUCCCAGCAGUGGCUGAGGGAGAGGGGAAGCCAGCUGGCCCAGAGAGACAGUGAGCUGGCUGGGGAGGCACUCAGGGAGGUGGGCCUGGUGGAAACAGCCUGGGAUAACGUCAGGAAGAUCAUCACUGAUGGUCAGGAGCAGUUUGGACUCCUGGUGGAGCUGCUACGUCACUUCCAUUCCCUCAGGUCCACCCUCAGUUCCACUGUAGAGAACGCCUUGACCGUCACUCACAACCAGCCUGACCACAACCACAACCCAGAGGAGGCCAAGAGAAUACUCUCACGGCACGAGGCAGUGAUAGCUGAGCUGAGAGGAAGACAGGAGGACAUGGACCUGUUCAUCAGUUCAGGAGAGGACCUGCAGAGAGAGCUGGCAAACGUGCCACACUGUGGCUCCGACAGCAUCCAGAGAGGCAUGGACACACUCAGGGACCAGUGGCUGCAGGUAUCAGAGAGGAUCCAGACCAACGCUGAGAGACUAGGCCAUUGUGUGUCCCUAUGGGAUGACCUUAAGACCAUGGAACAGGAUAUCGACCAAUGGGCAGCAGCCUCCAUCGCUGACCUCACUGAGGGUGUGGCCAAUCUUAGUGACAAACAGGGGACAGAGACACACCUUGCCACUUUCCAGGCGGAGGUGGAGAGGAGAGAACAGAGGCUGGAUGCCUUGCAGGAGAGGCUGACCAAGCUCCAGGACCUGGCCAAGCUCCAGGAGACACCCAUCCAGCUGCAGGUGAUGGAGUGUGACCUGAGGAAGAAGAUCAGUCAUGCCCAGGAGGUGUUUGACCAGGCCAGACAUUCUCUGACCUACUUCAGCUUCCAGAAGCAGCGCCUGGAGGACCUCAUGUCCCAGAUGGCCGAGCGGCUGGAGACCGUGGAGAGCUCCCUGUCUGACCUGACGGAACCCUCCGGACCAGAGGAUAUGAUUCGAGUCAAGGAUCUCCAAAGUGCCCUCCAGCAGCAGAGGGGUGAUAUAGACAUGGCCAGGGAGACGCUUAGUUCACUCUGUAGGUCCCACCCCUCCCAAGAGCUGACCCAUAUGUCCUCUGACCUCACCCUGCUGGCCAAGAGGACCGAGGCUGCAGCACAGCUCAGCUCCAGGACCCGCGGGACUCUGCAGGACGCACUGCAGCUACGUUUCAACAAGGUCGUUCAAGAGUUUAACUCCUGGCUCUCUGAACGGAAGGCGGAGCUAAAAGAAUGUUCUGACCAAUCAGGAGAUGUCACCUCCCUGGGAAACAAGGUGGAGAGGCUAAAGGUGGCGCAGGAGCGUGUGGAGGAGGGUGAGCAGCACCUUGGCCAGGUGUGUGGCGAGUCAGAGAGGCUGCUGCUCCACCUGCCUAAGACGGGGUCGGGACAGGUGCAGGAGCGCCUCUCCUCCUGCCAGAGGGACUGGGAGGGGUACAAGGAGGGGUGCAGACAGACCCAACAAGACCUGGAGGAGGGAAUCACCCUACUGACAGAGUUUGAGGGCCGUGUGGAGGGACUAAGGGACUGGCUGGAACAGAUGGAGCGUAGCCUGAAGAGAGAGCCUCCUCUGGGGGGAGAGGAGCAGCCAGGAGUCCCUGACAGCACUGACGAGCUGGAAAGAGUGGAAGAGAUCCACAGAAAGCUGCUGACAAAGAGGAGUUCUCUGGAUCGUCUCAGCCAGGAGGCCCAGUCUCUGCGUGAGGCAGGUCGAGGCUGUGGAGGGGAGGUGAAGGCCACAGCCCAGCUCCAGACCCACCACCAGACCUUGCUGCAGGGGACCAGGGAGCGCCUGAGAGGGUGCCUGGAGAGCCAGGCAUUCGGAGAGACCCUGCAUGGGGUGUGGCUUUGGCUGGAGGACAUCCAGGAGCGUCUGGGAAGUCUGGGGAGCACUAUGGGCAACAAAAAGGAGCUGGAAGAGAGGCUGGAGCAAGUGCAGGACAUCCUGCUUCUGAAGGGUGAGGGCGAGGUGAAGUUGAACAUGGCGGUGGGGAAGGGUGAAUUGGCCAUCAGGAGCAACAGUGCGGUGGCGGGACAGGAAGUGAUCCGCUCUCAGCUGCAGGAAGUGGAGGACGUAUGGGCCACGCUGCUGGUGACCGCCAUGAGCUGCCACAGUCGUCUGGAGUGGACGGUGGCCCAGUGGGGGUGUUACCUGGACAGUGAGGCCCAGCUGCAGUGCUGGUUGGAGGCAGUGGAGGGGGACAUAUGUGGCCCUCUCAUCCCCCAGCCUGGCCUCAGAGAGAAGGCUUCCCAGCUGGAGAGACUGCAGACCCUGCUGGCUGACCUCCAGGAACACCAGGGGUCCCUAUCCAGUCUGGAGGAGAGGGCGGCAGAGCUCUUCAAGAAGACCGGGGAUGCAGCUUUCAGCCAGGAGGCCCGCGCUGAGUUGCAGGGGCAGUUUGAUGACCUCAUAGCACUCGUAGAGGAGAGGGUGGGACUAUCAGAGGGCGUGGUCAGGGAACACCAGCAGUACCUGGAGACUGUGAGGGAGCUCACUGAUUGGCUGAUGUCAGCAGGGGAGGAACUACAGCGCUGGUCUGAUACAUUGGGAGACUCCGUCUCAUUACAGAGGAGGCUAUCAGAAGUGCGGGAGCGGGUGGAGUGUCGGUUGCUGGAGGGCCGUGAUCGUCUCAGUCGCGUGCGUCGGAGCAGUGGAGCCACAGCUGAACACACAGCGGCUGGAGGGUGUGAGGCCAUGGACCGCCAGCUAGGGGCGCUAGCCCAGGCUCUAGAGCAGUGGGAGGGGGCCGCCCUGAGAGCCCGCGACGGCCUGGAAAGGGCCCUCACCACGGCAACAGAGCAGGAACAGGAGUACGAGCGUCUGACCGCCAGGAUGGAGGAGGAGCUUAGGGAGCUUGAUGGGCGGCUAAAGGGGUGGAGCCAGGAGCUGAGCAGAGCGGAGGGAAGGAGCAUUGGGGAGGAGGCAGUGGAGGGGUGGCAGCAGGCUAAGGAGACACUGGAGGGCUUGCUGAGUGCUGAGCCCAUGGCAGACAGGCUGAAGGCUCAACUCAAUGACCUGGUCCGCUACUCCAGAGACCUGGGACCCCACUCAGACAGGGUCACUGCUCUCAUCAAACAACACAACAGUCUGAGUCUGCGUGCAUCCAGAGAGUGCCAGAAUAAGGAGCGUCUGCUGGAGCAGAGGUUCAGAGCAGCCCUCAGGGACUUCCAACAGUGGCUGGUCAACGUUAAGAUCAGCACGGCCAAGUGUUUCGACAUCCCCCAGAGUGUCACUGAGGCCUCCACUGGCCUACUGAGGAUACAGGAGUUUCUGAAUGACAGGGAGCAUGGCCAGGCCAGACUGAGUGCAGUGGGGACCAGUGGAGAGCUGCUCAUGGCUGUCGUGCCUAAAGACAGAGAGGAGGGGGUCAAGGCCAAGGUGGCUAACGCCAGAGACGACUGGAAGAGCCUCAUGACCAACCUUCAGAUGAGAGAGACUGCGCUAAAGAACCUGCAGUCUCAGAUGAGAGACUUUGAGGUCAGCACUGAGCCGCUCCAGGAUUGGCUGAACAGCACUGAGGUCAUAGUACAGGAGAGCAGCGCUCGACUACAUGACCUCCCUGCCAAGAGACAGGAGCUUAGCAAGUUACAGCGUGUGUUGGAGGAGCUGUCAUGUCGUGAGGCUGAGCUGGGCAAGCUGAGGGAGAGGGCCCACCGGCUCUGGGAGGGCCAGGCUGCAGGGAAGGGCUUCGUCCACCGUGUGUCCCAGCUGUCUGCACAGUACCUAGCCCUCAGCAACCUGACCAAGGACAAGGCCUCCAGGAUAGAGCGUAUCGUAGGGGAGCACCAUCUGUUCUCCCAGGGUCUGACGGAGCUCCAGAACUGGGUGUCUGAGGCUGAGAGGAUCCUGAACACCUGCCUCUCCCCCACCGCUGACAAGACUGUACUGGAGGACAGGAUGAUACAGCUGGAGGCCCUGUUGGCGGCCCGUCAGGAGAGGGAGAUCCAGCUGAAGAUGUUGCUGACACGUGGUGAGGCUGUCCAGAGAAACACCUCUGCUGAGGGGGUCCCCGUGGUCCGAAAACAGAUCCAGGACCUUAAGGACUCCUGGGACUCUCUGCUGUCUGCCUCCAUCCAGUGUAAAAGUCAGCUGGAGGGGGCCCUGUCCCAGUGGACCAGCUACCAGGAGGACGUGGGCCAGUUUAUCAUGUGGAUGGAGCGCGUGGAGACCACUCUGGGCUGCUCAGACAGACAGUACUCUGAGAUGAGAGACAAGACCGCCAACCUGGGAAAGACCAAGCUUCUCUAUGAGGAGGUCCUGAGCCACAGCAGUCCAUUAGAGACCAUCGCUACCAAGGGCUCCAACAUGGCUGAACAAUACACUACCCAUCAGGAGGUACACAGCCUACAGGAGAGAUACACCGCCAUCACAGACAAGGCCAAGGCUGCAGUCUACAAGGCUAAGGAUCUGGUCCUGGCCCAUCAGGAGUACCAGAGGGGGCUGCACAUGUUUGAAGACUGGCUGGAGCAGGAGCAGGGAACCCUGGGCUCUCUGUCCCACCCAGAGGGGGAUGUGGACACCCUGGAGAACACACUACAGCAGAUACAGCUCCUCCAGGAGCGCUGCUCCCAGGGCCAGUCCCUGCUCUCUUCCCUACUGUCAAGCAGGGAUGGGGUGAUUCCGUGGGGCGCGCCUCAGAUUGAGGACCGAGCCCUAGACACGGCACAGCGUGAGUGGGGGGCCUACCAGGCCCGGCUGGGGGAGACUAGGGCCACGCUGGGUUCUACCCUGGGCAGGCUCAGGCAGAUGGGCCAGAGGUUCCAGAGCCUGGUCCUGUGGCUGGAGGACAUGGAGGGGAAGGCCAACAUCCGUGGACAUCGCAGGUCUGACAGCGCUUCCAAGGAUGCCCAGCUAAAGCAGCUCCAGCUGUGGCAGGAAAGUGUGCUAGCCCGGCAGAGCGAGGUGGAUGGGCUGUCUGCUCUGGCCCAGCAGGUCCUGGAGGAGACCCACAUCAGCAGCCGGGUCAGCACCAGAGCCACCCAGCUCACUGCCCGAUACCACGCCCUGAUUCUCAACAUACAGGAGACCAUCAAGCAGCUGAAGGAGGAGCUUAGGAGCAUCGAGGAGGCAGAGAAACUCUGUGUGUCCUUCUCUGAUUGGCUUAGAUCAGCCCAGAAGAACUUCAGAACAGUGACAGCCAGCACGGAGGCUCUGGACCGGGUUGCCAUGGAGAGGAAGAUGAAGAAAGUAGAGACUCUCCAGGCUGAGCUUCAGCAGGGCCAUGGCCUGCUCAAGGCCCUCAGGGAGCGGGCAGAGCGGGCUGCAGGCUUCCUGGAGGAGGCUGGAGCUGAGGGGCUGGGAGGGGAGGUGGAGGCUAGGCUAGCCCAACUGGAGGAGCUAGCCGGUGGGCUGCGGCAGGAGCACAGCACCCUGGAGAGGGCUGUGUGUCUGGCCAAGGAGUUCCAGGACAGGUACAAGGCCCAGGCCCAGUGGGUGGUGGAGACCAGAGCCAUGCUCAGUGCCCCCCUGGAACCUAAAGCUGAACUGUACCAGAAGAGAGCACAGCUGGCCAAGUACAAGGCCUUGUUGCAGACGGUCCAGUCCCAUGACUCGGCAGUGAGGUUGGUGGUGGAGAAGGGAGAGUCUCUGCUGCUUUCAGUUCAGUACCCCUCCAUCAGAGACAACAUGAACAGACUACAGACGGACUACACUGAGCUUGGCAACGCUGCCACUGCCCAUGUGCAGCGCCUGGAGGGCCAGGUGAAGGAGCAGGAAGUGUACCAUGUGGAGCUACAGGAAGUGGAGAGGUGGCUGCUGCAGAUGUCCAGCAGGAUGGUGACCCCUGACCCCGCAGCUGGCGGAGGCCUUGAGGCAGCCACUCAGCAGCUGGCCAGUCACAAGGCCAUCAUGGAGGAGAUAGCAGGCUUUGAGGACCGCCUGUCUGGGCUGAAGGAGAGGGGAGAUGACCUGGUGGAGGGCUGCAGUGAGCGUGUGCAGAGCAGGUUGAGACAGCAGGUCCAGGCUCAGCAGCAAGGCACCCGAGACAGCUACUCUGCCAUCUGCAGCACGGCACAGAGAGUGUACCAGAGUUUGGACCGUGAGUUGCAGAGGCAUGUCAGUCUGCAGGAUGCUCUGCAGCAGUGUCAGACCUGGCUGGUGUCAGUCUCAGAGGAACCAGAGCCCACUGCACAUCUCCCUCUCAGCCUGGAGGAGGCGCUACAGCAGGUGAAGCAUGAGCGGACUCUCCAGGAGCAGGCCAGUACCUACCUACAGCUGGUGUGUUCUACCUGUGACCUUUCAGAGCAGAGGGUGAGGGAGACCGCCCAAGACAUCCAGCAGGUCAAACUACAGAUCGAGGAGAGGAUGCUGGUGUGUGAGGAGGUGGCAGAGAGCUGGAGGGACGUUCAGGAGCAGCGGGCUGAUCUGGAAGCUCAACUCAGAGAGACAGAGCAGCAGCUGCAGAACCUCUCCAGGAGACCGGCUGAACUGGAGCCCAAGAUCACCCAGAACCAACUGGAUCAGGCACAGGAGUUCCUCCAGCAGCUCAGAGUGAAGCAGGUCGACGUCACCCAGCUGAGGGAGGCUGUGGCUGGGCUGACGGAGGGCCAGUCCUCCCCUGCCCUGGAGGAGAUGGGUGGUCUGAUGAGGGCCUGGGAGGAGUUGGGUCAGAGGGCUGAAGAGCUAGAGGGGCAGAGGGGUGAGGACAUGCAGAGGAGCGGAGAGUACCAUGACUGUGUGGCUGCCGUGGAGGAACUCUUCCACCAGGUGUCCAGAGAGUGGGACUACCUGGCCAGGGCGGACACAGAGAGCACCAGUGAGCACCUGGAGGCUCUGAGAAAGCUGUGUUGUGACCUGGAGGACCAGAGAGGAACUCUAGAGGAGCUGAGGGACCAGAGACAGGCUGUCCUGCCACGUCUCAGCCUGCUGGACAAGGAGCUGGUCAAACAACAGGUGGGCCACUUGGAGAAGCGCUGGUCCCAGCUGGACAGCCUGAUCCAGGGGAAGAUCCAGGACUCUUCCCAGACUCUGGAGGACCUUGGUCGGGUGGAAGCCCAACUGAGGGAGGCCCGGGAGUGGAUGGAGGAGCAGCGUCCUGCCCUAACAUCAGCCCUGAAGACCAGCCCUCCUCCAGACCUGGCCCAGAGCUUCCUGUUUGACCACCUGAGUGUGUGUGUGGAGCUGGAGGCCCGGGGGCAGCUGCUGGGCCAGGCAGUGAGCGAGGCCCAGCGCGUGGCCUCUAGGCUGGGGCUGAGCGAGAGGAGACGCCUGCAGGAGCUGGUACUCCAGGCCGAGGGAGAAGUAGAGGCACUGGGGGCCAGGGUGAGCCAGCGGAGGAAGUACCUCAGCAAGGCCUUCACGGAGCGGACCCAGUUCCUCCAGGCUGUGGGGAGGGCUCUGUCCUGGGUCCAGCAGCAGGAGAGGAAGGCUUUAAUGGACGACCACGUGGCUCUCCUCCCUGACGACCUGACCAAGCAGGUGGUGACGUGCCGAGGGGUCCAGAGCGGCCUGCGGGCCUACCAGGGGGAGUUGGCCUCUCUGUGGGUCCAGGGUCGUGACCUGGAGAGGGACGCCACGGACCAGGAGCGGGGGGAGACGGUGACCAGGCUGGAGGAGCUCCAGAGGGUCUUUGAGACGGCCUUCCAGAGAACCACCCAUCGCCUGCAGGACCUGGACAGAGCCCUGACCUCCAGGAAGUACUUCAAGGUCGACCUGGAUAGGACGUGUCACUGGCUGAGACAGGCAGAUGGCAUUACCUUCCCCGAGAUUGACUUCACCUGCAAUGCCGAUGACGAUUCGGAACUGCAGAGUCGACUGGCGAAGUUCCAGAACGUUCUAGAGCAGGCGUCAGAAUACGAGAACCUCCUACUCAUCGUCCAGAGGGUGGGGCAGGAGAUUCUCCCCUCGCUAAAGGAGGUAGAUCACUGCUACCUGGACGAAAAGCUCAACGCCCUCCCUCAACAAUACAACAGCAUCCUAGCGUUAGCCAAAGAGAAGAGGGACAGGAUCCAGCAGGCUAUCCUAGAGAGAAAGGACUACGACUGCUUCUUCAAUGUCACUUGUAGAGCAUUGGAGGAGCUUCAGGAGCAGUUAGACGGUUUAGCGAAACGGACAGUCAGUAUUCAAGAACAGGAAGUUGUUAAUCUCCGUCAUGACCAUAGAGAUCUGUCUGAAAGCCUGUCUCAGCUCAGCCCUGCGGUGAGAGAGCUGAGGAGGAAGACUGAGGGGUUUCUCAGCAGGGGCCAACGAUGCCAUGCUGAGGAGACAGAACAGCUGGUUAACCUUCAUGACAAUCUGAAGAGGACCAUUGACCAGAGACUGAAACAUCUUGACGACUCAUUGAAAACAUUGGCAGAGUAUAAUGCAACAUCAGCAAAACUAGACUCUGAGUUGAAGUCAGUGAAAGAGCAGUUCACUAAAAUGAAGUCAGACUCAGACACCACAUUAGGUGGCACAGAGAGACUGACGAGUCUUUACACACUGCUGGAAGAUCUGGAAAGGAUGGGCUCUCACCUGGAGAGACUCACCCAACAUACAGAAGACCUGGGAUUGAACUGUGAUCCUGACGCCAUCCAGGCCUCCAGAGAGGUAGUGACCUCGCAUCAAAAAGAGCUGCAGUCCGUAAGGUCGGAAGUAAAAGAUUGUGUUACAGAAUGUGAAAACUGUCUCAAGAAGGACAAAGAAUUUGAGAAAGAGACUGGGCGGACAUCAGAUUGGCUGAAGAGUCUGCGGAAGAAGCUUGGGGAACCAUUGACCCUUCCAGAGGUGAAAGUUGAGAUGGUAGAGGAGGAGGUCAGGAGACUGAAGGUGGUAGAGGAAGAGGUGCAGUCCAGAAUGAGGGUAGCAGAUGCCAUGGGCAGCAGGGAGAAGCAGAGAUACAGCAGUAGAAAUGAGGCCUGCCCUGCCCAUGUGGAGGCUAACCUAGAGGAGUUGGCUAAACUGAGGGCUGACGUCCAACAAGCACUUAGAACCAAGCAGCUGAGCCUGGAUCAGACUCUGUCCCUGGUCCAGAGGCACCAAUCCACCCAGCAGUCAGCCCGCAAGUGGCUUGACGAAGCUGGGGCUUUUCUCCAGAGAACCACCCUGGGAAUAGAGCUGGAGAACCAGACAGAGAGCCUCAGGGAGCUGGAGGAGAUCUCCGCCCAGGAACCGGCCUUCAUGGCUAAACUAGAUGAGCUGGAGACCCUGGGUGCUCAACUUGAUGGUCUGGUGGGACUGGGAGUGACGAAGGAGAUGAAAGAAAGUGAAAGAAAGAAAGAAGGUGUGGAGGUAAUGCGACAGAAGGGGUCAGAGGUCAAAGAGCAGCUGAAGGGUUACCGGGAGGAUCUGCAGAGCUGUGCUGCUCAGUGGAGCUCCUUCCAGACGGAGAGAGAGGAGCUGAUUGGACAGAUGAAUGAAACAGGAAGUAUGAUGACUUCGUUCCCCUCGGCGAAGGCAGCCAAUAGUCAGGAGGCUGAGGACAAACUCCAGAGUUACAAGUCUCUGGUGAUUCUGAUUGAUGGGUGUGAACCCACCCUGACUGGCCUGAAAGAGAAGGCCACAGAUCUGGCUCUGGUUGGGUCUGAGUCCAGCAAAGCUGCUAUUGGACACUCUGUGUCAUCUUUAUGGCAACGUUGGACCCGCCUGCGCAGCGUGGCGCUAGCCCAGGAGAGAGCGCUGGAGGACACAGCUCGGGACUGGAGGAGCUUCAGGGAGAAGAUGGAGAAGGUACGGUCUGUGUCAGUAGACCUCCAUGCUCGUGUGCCAGACAGCACAGUGGAGAAGGCAGCCACCAGGGCGGCGCUACAGAACCUGUUGGAAUACCAUGACUCCUUCAGCCUGGAGGUGGAGAGAGAGCAGUCAGCCCUGGCCCUGCUGGGGCAACACACACUCAGCCUGAUAGGAGAGGACCAGGAGGAAGAGGACAUGAAGAUGGAGAAAACUGACAAGACUAGAGAAGAGACACCCUGUCUGAAGGAGAUCAGGAGUAUGCUGGAGAUAUAUGAGAGCCUGGUGCUGCAGGUGCGUGGUAGCAGGGCCCAGGUGCAGCAGGAGCUGAGGGAGAGGGAGGAGGUGGAGAGGGAGCUAGGACUGGUGAAGGGAUGGAUCCAGGACACCAGGGGACUGCUACUGAGCCCUUCAUCUGACCUGGACUCACUGCUGCAUGAGCUAGAGACAGCCCAUGGUGAGGUCAUCAGUAGGCGCCAGAGUGUGGAGAGGAUGGUGGAGCUGCAACAGAACAAGUACCAGGACCUCCAGGCAGCCCUGCCCUCUGAACUGAGCAUGCAGCUGGCUGAGGUGACACUCGCCCUGGGCUCCGCUGAGGACCAGGUCCAGUCGAGGGAGAGAGAGGUGCAGCAGACCAGAGAUGUGAAGGAGGACUUUAGUUCCAGACUGCAGGACAUUGAGGGGAAGUUGAAAACCAUCUCUCUGAAGAUCAGUGAGAAGGCUACAGACCUGGAGCAGGCCAAGGAGGAAACCAAGUGUCUGUGUGAAGAGUGUGAGGGUUGUGGUCGCUCCCUGGCUGAGCUGGUUGUAGCAGUACAGGAGUUUGGGGACCAGAACCCUCUACUGUGUAAGCAGCUGGGAGACGCCCUGUCCAGACUGGCUGAGGUCCAGCGCCUGACCACACAACAGGCCCAGGAACGGGCCAACCAACUACACAAGGCAGAGCAGCAGCUGGAGGAGUAUAAGGGGAUGAGGCAGUUCCUCCUGGGCUGGGCUGAGAAAGCAGAGACCCUGGUCACUGGCAACAUAAUCUGGAGCUCCGCCUCUCAGCUUCAGGAGCAAAUCAGAGCCCACCAGGCGGUGCUGCGAGAGUGUCGUGGUCUCCAUGGUGACCUGGAGGCCAUGGGGGAAAGGGAAGGGCAGCUGGGGGAGGUGCUACAGACGGAGGGGUGGAGCCAGCAGGUAAAACAACUGAGCAGAUGCACUGAGGAGUUGCAGCAGAGCGCAAAGACACGCCUCCAGAGCCUGCAGGAUGCCGCCAAGGACAUGGUUCGUCUGGAGGCUGAGGUGAAGACCCUGCAUGACUCUCUGGACCAGGCCCAGCUUACACUCACCUCUCCUGACCUAGCACGACUCAGCCUCAGGGAGCAGCUCACGCACAGACAGCGUCUGUUGGUGGAGAUGGAGGCCUUCAAGCAGCAGGUGCAGGCGGUACAGCUGUGUCAGAGCGCCCUCCGGCUGCCGGAGGAGGUAGUGGCCAGCCUGUCCAUCUGCAGAACAGCCCAGAGCCUGCAGCAGGAGGCCAGCCAGCUGCAGCACACCACAAUCCAACAGUGCAACAUCCUACAGGAGGCCGUGGUGCAGUAUGAGCAGUAUGAGCAGGAAGUGAGGAACCUCCAGAGGCUGAUAGAGGAAGCUCACCGCAUCAUACAGGACCGACCCGUUUCAACCAGUAACAUACAUGAACUACAGGCCCAGAUACACCACCAUGAGGAGCUAGCCCUGAAGAUCCGAGGCUACCAGGAGCAGAUAGCGUCCCUGAACUCCAAGUGUAAGAUGCUGACGGUGAAGGCCAAGCACGCCACCAUGCUGCUGACGGUCAGUGAGGUGGAGGGGUUGUCUGACGGCAUGGACGAGCUCAGCGACGAGGAGCUGCCCACCAAACAACCGCCGGCACACCCCUCCGUCGUCAUGAUGACAGCAGGCCGCUGUCACACACUCCUCUCCCCCGUAACAGAGGAGUCAGGGGAGGAGGGCACCAACAGCGAGGUCUCCUCUCCCGCCUGCCGCUCCCCCUCACCAGGGGCUAACGCUGACACUCCCCUUAACCAGGGCCGGGCCCCUCUGAGUCGGGCCCCUCUACAGGAGCUGUAUGACCCCUCUCUAGAGUCCAAUGCCAACCUGGAUGACCUGCAGCGCUCCUGGGAAACACUAAAAAAUGUGAUCAGUGAGAAGCAGAAGACUCUGUAUGAGGCUUUGGAGCGCCAGCAGCACUACCAGGAGUCCCUCCAGUCAAUCUCCACCAAGAUGGAGUCUAUAGAGGGAGCUCUCAAUGAGGGCCUAGAGUCCCGCAAGAGCCCUGAGAGCCAGAUGGCUGCACACCAGGCCCUGAUGGAUGAGAUCCUGAUGCUACAGGAUGAGAUUGGGGACCUGCAGACCUGUUUCAGUGAAGAGCUGUGUGACGGCCUGGACAGUGACAGUGACCCAGGGGACCAGCUGGCCCUCCAUUCCACCCUGACCGUCCUGGGAGAGAGGAUGGCCACCAUCCGCAUGAAGGCCUCUGGGAAACGGCAGCUAUUGGAGGAGCGUCUGAGUGAGCAGCUGGAGGAGCAGAGGCAGGAGCAGGCACUGCAGCGUUACCAUAGUGAGGCAGAGGAGCUCGACCAUUGGUUGCUCAGCACCAAGGCCACACUAAGCUCCGCCCUUCAGCCACACCCAGAGGACAUGGAUAUGGAGGAGCAGCUGAUCGACUGCCAGAACAUGCUGUUUGAGAUUGAGCAGAAGGUGGCCUCCCUGUCAGAGCUAUCGGUCCACAGUGAGAGCCUGCUGCUGGAGGGGCGGGCGGGGACGCGCGGGGAGGCCGAGCAGCUCACCUUUAAACUCCACUCCCUUAAAGACAGCCUGGUGGAGCUGCAGAGGAUGUUGCAGGACAAACAGGUCGACAUCCAGGGUUCAUUGCAGGAGCAGGAGGACAGUGAGCCAGACUCCAUCCUGUCCCAGAGUCCCAACAUACAGGACUGGCUGUCCCAGGCCCGCUCCACACGCACACAACAGCACCAUGACAACCUGCUACGACAGAAGGAGCUGGAGGAGCAGCUGGCAGAGCAGAGAAGGCUACUGAAGUCUGUAGCCAGUGUAGGGGAGGAGAUUCUCAGCCAACAGACCACACCCAAUGGAGACAGUGAGGGAACGCCUGGUGUGUUGCUAGAGGCAGAGACCUUGACCCCUCAUGACCAGAUGAGACAGAGAUGGGAGAAUCUGAGUAAAGACCAGAGCACCAAACUCCAGCUGUCUCUUAACUCCCUGGAGCAGGAGCAGCUCAGUCCGGUGCUCCACAGGUCAUGUGUGUCCAGCCCAGGGGUGGUGUUCAGGAGGGAGGCGCUGGGACAAGACCCUUACUUCCCCAGGGCUCUGUUGGAGGGCUGCAGCCAGACUCUAGAGAGGCUAGCCCAAGAGCCAGAAGGCGUUGCUGACAAUAAGCAGGACGUGCCCCAGGGUGUGUCGGUGCAGGAGGAGCUGUAUGCGGCUGUGUCUGCUGCUUCGUCCUGGCUGGACAGUGCUGAGAACAACGUCCUCUCUGGUCCUGUGCUGCUGUCAGAGGACACUGAGACACAGCUCUCUAACCUGGAGGGCCUGAGUAAAGAGGUGAGGGAGGUGACAGGGGAGAUGAGCAAGUGCAGGGAGCUGCUGGGAGGAGGAGGUGGAGCAGCAGGAGGAGGGAGGAGGCUGUAUGGAGGGGAGGAGCAGGCCCUGAUGGAAGACACUCUGGAUGGGCUGCAGGAGAGGCUGGGCCUGCUGGACCAAACCCUGGAGCAACACUGUGACUGUAUGAGAGACCGACUGCAGGAACACACCGGCUUCCAGACGGAGCUGAGGCUGCUGUUCACAGCUCUCAGUGAGAGUAAACACCAGCUGCUGCAGAGGACGGCUGGAGCCAUAGACAGGCCUGCACCCAAACAGAUGGAGACAUUAUCCGAGGUGGAGGAUGGUCUGAGGGAGUUUGAGCAGAGAGUAGCAGAGCUCAGGAGCAGAGCAGAGGGACGACAGCCUGACCAGAUCUCCAACCAGGAGCUUCUCAAACUACAGGAUGCCUACGAGGAGCUGGUGUUGAUGGUAGGCUCCAGGCGUAGCAGUUUGAACCACAGUCUGUCUCUGAAGGCCCAGUAUGAGAGUGCCCUGCAUGACCUCACAGACCUGGUCGACACCGCACAGGACAAGAUGGCCGCCGACCAGAAGAUGACCGUGGGCUCUGUCAUAGAAGUGCAGAUACUCCUGGACAAGCACAAGGAGUUUUUCCAGGGUUUGGAGUGUCAUAUGAUCCUGACCCAGACAUUCUACAGUAAGGUGAGCGGCCUGGUGGUCCAGAGGGAGAGCCAGGUCCUGGAGGAGACCCUGGCCCUGGCCAACAACGUCCUCAAACAGGCCCACCGUAGAGGGGUCGAGCUGGAAGGAAUACUGGAGUCGUGGAGCAUGCUGGUGGAGGACUACCAGGCUCUGUACAGGCAGCUGGAGGCAGUAGAGUGUAGUAUCCCUACGGUGGGCCUGGUGGAGGAGACAGAGGAGAGACUCAGCGACAGGAUCACUCUCUACCAGCGUCUGAAGACCAGCCUGACAGAGCACCAGCCCCAGCUCUAUCAGGUGAUGGAAGAGGGGAAGAGGCUGCUGCUGUCUGUGUGUUGCUCAGACCUGGAGAACCAGCUCACCCAGCUAGGGGAACACUGGCUCUGCUCCACCACCAAGGUCAACAAGGAGCUGCACCGCUUCGAUUCCACCCUCAAACACUGGAGCAGGUACCAGAGUGAGUCAGCAGAGUUGAGUCAGUGGUUGCGGUCAGCUCUGGACCGUCUGGAGUUCUGGACCACACAGUCUGUGACCGUACCUCAGGAGCUGGAGACGGUCAGAGAUCACCUGUAUGCCUUCCUGGAGUUCUCUAAGGAGGUGGAUGCUAAGUCGUCUCUGCGCUCCUCAGUGCUGAGUACAGGCAACCAGCUGCUGCGGCUGAAGAGGGUGGACACGGCUGGUCUGAGAUCAGCUCUGGCCCAGGUGGACACCCAGUGGGCUGAGCUGUUCACACGAAUCCCAGUGGUACAGGAAAAACUACACCAGCUGCAGAUGGAGAAGCUGGCGUCGCGUCACGCCAUCACAGAGCUGAUGAGCUGGAUCUCUCUCAUGGAGAACGUGAUAGCGGAGGACCAGCAGAGGAUCAUGGGAGCAGUGGGGUCAGAGGUUGUUCAGGACUACCUACAGAAGUACAAGGGGUUCAGUAUAGACCUGACAUGUAAACAGCUGACGGUGGACUUCGUCAACCAGUCGGUGCUCCAGAUCAGUAGUCAAGAUGUGGAGGGGAAGCGCAGCGACAAGACCGACUUCGCCGAGCGCCUGGGAGCCAUGAACCGCCGCUGGCAGAUACUGCAAGGCCUCAUCAUUGAGAAGAUCCAGCUGUUGGAAGGCCUGUUGGAGGGCUGGAUGGAGCAUGAGAAUGGUGUUCAGGCCCUGAAGACCUGGCUGACCCUGCAAGAAGACAAACUGAAGAAGAGACACAGGAUAGAUGACGUAGCAUCGGUGCAGAAUGCACUCAAAGACUGCCAGGAGUUGGAAGAGUUAGUGAAGGAGAAAGAGAAGGAUUUGGAGAAAGCUGAAGAGAGAGGGAGCGGACUCAUCCAGGAAAAGAGGGGGCAGGCCUGCUCUGUUGUUAUGGAGACUCUUAAAGGGUUGAACCAGUCCUGGGCCAACCUGGACAAUAUGAUUGGUCAGAUGAAGGUGAGUCUGCGGUCAGUGCUGGAGCAGUGGACUCUGUACCGCCGUGCUGCUGAGGAGAUCAACGGUUACCUGAUGGAGGGGAGGUACUCCGUGUCCCGGCUACACCUGCUCACAGGCUCCCUGGAGGCUGUACAACAACAGGUGGAAAGCCUGGAGAACCUGCAGGAGGAGUUAGACAAGCAGGAGAGCAGUCUGAGGAAGUUUGGCUCUGUCACACAUCAGCUGCUGACAGAGUGCCACCCGUCUGUGGCAGACACACUGGACGGAGCCCUCCGGGACAUCAACAUCAGGUGGAACGGUCUGCUGGAGCAGAUCUCAGAACAGCUGAGGAGCAGCAAGGCUCUGCUGGGUCUGUGGCAGCGCUACACAGAGCUGUAUGACCAGAGUGUCUCUGCUGUACACAAACAGGAGGAGAGGGCCGACAGGCUGCUCAAGAGUGCCACCGACAGAGACGUCACGGAAGAGGAAAGCAACGCGUGGAUUAGAAACUGCAGCGAGUUGCUGGGUGCCCAGGCAACAGUACAACAGUCUCUACUACAGCUGCAGCAGCUGGGGGAACAGCUAAAGACUCAGGUUGACGCCUCCUCCAUGGCAGCCCUCCAAUCAGACUGCCUGUCACUCACACAUCGCCUAGCAACGCUGGAGCACGCCCUGCACAGGCAGCAGGAAGUACUGCAGUGUGGAGCUGACGACUGUGAGCGUUUUAAAGAGCAGUUGGACUCUCUGACCUGUCAGGCUGAGGAGGCUGAAGAGGUUCUGAGGGAAUCCGACCCAGUCGAAACACCGGACCACACUGUCAUACAGGAGCGGAUGGAAAAACUCAAGAGCCAGAUGUGUAAGUUGAGCAGCCAUUCUCCUGAUCUAGAGCGUGUGAACGAGCUGGCCUACAGACUGCCCCUGAACGACAGAGAGAUCAAACGCCUCCAGAGCCUCAACAGAGCCUGGACCACCCACUCUGCACACCUGACUGAGAGAUUCAGUAAGCUGCAGGCGGUGUUGCUGCAGCAGCAGAGCUUCCUGCAGAAGUGUGAGGACUGGAUGGACUUCCUGUCCCAGACGGAACAAAAGCUGGCCGCUGAGACCUCUGGGAACUACCACAGCCUGCUGGAGCAGCAGAGAGACCACGAGUUGUUCCAGACAGAAAUGUUCAGCAGGCAGCAGAUUCUCUACUCCAUCAUCAGUGACGGCCAUCGCCUGCUGGACCAGGGACAGGUGGACGACAGGGAUGACUUCAGCCUGAAACUGGCUCUGCUGGGUAACCAAUGGCAGGGUGUUGUGAGGCGGGCCCAGCAAAGGAGAGGGAUAAUUGACAGCCUGGUCCGCCAAUGGCAGCGCUACAGGGAGAUGGCGGAGAAGCUGCGGCGAUGGCUACAGGAAGUGUCUCGCGACCCGGAUGUGCAUCAACAGGGAGAGGCGGUGGCCUUACAGGAGGCCAGGACCAUGUUGGACCAGAUACAGUUGAGGGAGCGUGUGCUCCAGAGGCAGCAGGGUGGCUACAUCCUGGCGGUGGAGGCGGGGCGGAGCCUGCUCCUGUCAGCUGACGCCAGGGCAGAGUCAGCCCUGCAGACGGAACUGAUGGACAUGCAGGAGUGCUGGAGACAUGCCAACGUCCGAUUGGACGAACAGAAGAGAGAGCUGCUAAGCUUGCUCAAGGACUGGGGCCGCUGUGAGAAGGGCAUAGCUGCGUCUUUGGAGAAGCUGAGGGCCUUUAAGAGGAAGCUGUCCCUGCCUCUACCAGACAACCAUGAGGAGCUGCACUCUGAGCAAGUCCGCUGCAAGGAGUUAGAGAGCAAUGUGGAUGGCUGGACUGAUGACCUCACCUCUCUGUUCCUGCUGAGGGAUUCUCUGGAGGGUGUGGUCAGUGCUGAUGACCUCACAGUCCUGCAGGACCGCCUCCAGCUGCUGCAGCGCCAGUGGGAGGAGAUCUGUCACCAGCUGUCCCUGCGCAGGCAGCAGGUGAGUGAGAAGCUGAAUGAGUGGGCAGUGUUUAACGAGAAGAACAAGGACCUGUGUGAGUGGCUCACCCAGAUGGAGAGCAAGGUGUCUCAGAAUGGAGACAUCAGCAUCCAGGAGAUGAUCGAGAAGCUGCGCAAGGACUACCAGGAAGAGAUUGGUGUGGCCCAGGAGAAUAAGCAGCAGCUGCAGGUGAUGGGGGAGCGCUUGGCCAGGGCCAGCCAUGAGAGCAAGGCUGCAGAGAUACAACACAAACUCAGCAAGGUCAGCGAGCGCUGGCAACACCUGCUGGACCUCAUCGCUGCUAGGGUGAAGAAGUUGAGGGAGACGCUGGUUGCGGUGCAGCAGCUGGAUAAGAACAUGUGCAGUCUGCGCUCCUGGCUCGCUCACAUCGAGACAGAGCUGACCCGACCUCUCGUCUACGACACCUGUGACGCGCAGGAGAUACAGAGGAAACUCAACCAGCAGCAGGACAUUCAGCGGGACAUAGAGAAGCACAGUACAGGCGUGGCGUCUGUGUUGAACCUGUGUGAAGUGUUGCUACAUGACUGUGACGCCUGUUCUACGGAGACAGAGUGUGACUCCAUCCAGCAGGCCACCAGGGGCCUGGACCGACGCUGGAGGAACAUCUGUGCCAUGUCCAUGGAAAGGAGGCUCAAGAUUGAGGAGACGUGGAGGCUGUGGCAGAAGUUUCUGGAUGACUUCUCUCGUUUUGAGGAGUGGCUGAAGACCUCAGAGAGGACGGCUGCUCUUCCAAACUCCUCUGGAGUUCUAUACACCAUCGCAAAGGAGGAGCUCAAGAAGUUUGAGGCCUUCCAGAGGCAGGUCCAGGAGUUUCUGACCCAGCUGGAGCUGAUCAAUAAGCAGUACCGCCGACUGGCCAGAGAGAACCGCACAGACUCCUCCUGCCGCCUCCGUGAAAUGGUGCAUGAUGGGAACCGGCGCUGGGACAACCUGCAGAAGAGGGUUGCCUCCAUCCUGCGCAGGCUCAAGCACUUUAUUGGUCAGAGGGAGGAGUUUGAGACAGCUAGAGACAGCAUCCUGGUGUGGCUCACUGAGAUGGACCUGCAGCUCACCAACAUAGAACACUUCUCAGAGUGUGAUGUUCAGGCUAAGAUCAAACAGCUAAGGGCGUUCCAGCAGGAGAUCUCUCUGAACACAGGGCAGAUUGAGCUGGUGUUCAGGCAGGGGGAGGCCCUGAUAGAGAAGAGUGAGCCUCUGGAUGGUGCUGUUCUAGAGGAGGAACUGGAGGAGCUACAGAGGUACUGGCAGGAGGUGUUUGGACGUGUCGACAGAUACUACAAGAAGCUGACACGCCUGCCUCUUGCCGAUGAUGAACUAGACUGUUCUGACCGAGAUCUGGACAUGGACGAGUCGGCUGAUCUCUCUGACCUGCAGUGGGGUGACUCCUCUCUCCCCUGCCCCUCCAGUCUCCCCACCUCGGGCUCUGUCCUCCCCCCACAGGCGGACCGCUCGGGCCGGGACACCCCAGCCAGCAUGGACUCUAUCCCACUGGAGUGGGACCACGACUACGACCUGAGCCGGGGGCUUGAGAGUGCUGGAGGGCGGGGUCUGGUGUCAGAAAGGGGCAGAGGACAGGAGCAGGAGGAGGAGUACCUCAGGUCGGCUGCCGCUGUGUUGUCAGAUGUAGUUAUACCAGAAAGCCCAGAGGCCUAUAUAAAACUGACAGAGAGCACACUGAGAUCCUCCUCUGGUGAGCCAGGUCAGCUGGAGGCCCACCUGAGACAGUUGGACCAGGCUGUGGACUCUGGCCGCUACUCUGUCCAGCAGGGAGAGGCGACUGCCUGCAGUGGCCAGGCCAGCACCAGCCCUGAGCUGGACCCGACUUACAUGGGCUAUAUGCGUCUGAUGGGAGAGUGUCGUGGCAGUAUAGAUGCAGUGAAGAGGGCUGGAGGACAGCUGACUGAGGAGGAUGAUGACAUGCCAGGACUCACCAACCCCACCAGCACAGACAGCCAGAGUACAGGUGUGAUUGAGCGCUGGGAGCUGAUCCAGGCUCGGUCUCUGAGGGACAAACACAGACAGAAGCAGAACCUGCAGCAGUGUCACCAGCUGAUCUCAGACCUGCAGACCAUGAGGGCAUGGCUGUGCGAGGCAAAGGCAGAGCUGGGACAGCUACGGGUGCUAGACCUCAGCACAGACAUACACACUAUCCAACAGAGGAUCAGAAAGCUCAAGGAGCUGCAGAAGGCCAUGGACGGCCACAAGUCCCAGGUCCUGUCAAUCAACCUGAGCAGCGCUGACUUCCUCCAAUCAGAUCCCGACUCAAAGGAGGCGUGGGAGCUGAGGGACGGGCUGAAGGAGAUGAACUCACGCUGGGAUUGGCUGGGCUCAUCGCUGGAGGACUGGAGGGCAGAGCUACAGAGGGCCCUGAUGCAGUGUCAGGAGUUCCAUGAGCUGAGCCACGGUCUGCUGUUGUGGUUGGAGAACAUUGACCGUAGGAGGAACGAGGUUGUCCCCAUCCCCCCCAGGCUCGACCGUGAAACACUACGGGCUCACCACAGAACACUCACGCAAAUCAAGCGUGAGCUGCUGGACUCCCAGCAGAAGGCUUCCUCCCUCCAAGAGCUCUCAGCCCAGCUGCUUGUCCACACCCAGGCCACGUCCCAAAGCCAACCCCAGGCUUCAGAGCAGGCCCAGAACCAGCUCCAGGGUAGUGAGCAUCUGGAGGCCCAGGAGAAGGUGCAUGUGAUCGGGAACAGGCUGCGGCUGCUCCUCCGGGAGGUCAGCACUGACCUGGAGGGCCUGGAGAGGAGACUGGAAACCAUGGACACACAGGACUCGCUGCCUUUGUCUGCUGUGGACAAAUCUGACAUCUCUGGAUCCACCAGCCCCGUCUCAGAGGGGACCUCAACGAGUCGCCGGCGAUCGCCCCGGGGCAAAAGUAGUCAUGCCCACCCAGGACCCCCCGAGAGCGGCCCACAUCACAGCUCUCAGAGCGGCGCUGGCUGCGCUUCCUCCCGUUCUGACUUCCCCCUGGUCCCCUCUUCCUCGUCCUCCUCCUUGUGCCCCCCAAGGGGCCAGUCCUUUAUCCUGAGGGUCCUGAGGGCAGCUCUGCCCCUCCAGCUCCUCCUCCUGCUCCUGAUUGGCUUAGCCUGCCUGGUGCCCAUGACAGAGGAGGACUACAGCUGUCACCAUGCCAACAACUUUGCCCGCUCCUUCCACCCCAUGCUGCGCUACACCAAUGGACCCCCACCCAUAUGAGGGUCAUCACUUCCGGGUUCCAGAAAUACUUUCUCAUCUAAAUGAAUGUCCCCUACUGCUGUACACCGGUGGACUCAUGCCCAUAGAAGAGGACCUCCUGGAUUAUAUUAACAUUCCCCCUCCCUGCAGGACUCUCUUCCUCUGCUACACAGAGAUGACAUUCACUCAUUUUAGACUCUCUAACACCUAACAAACCAACCGACUAACAAAAGCAUCCCAAGGCUACAUGGCCUAAACAGCCUCUAUAUGAAACAUGUUGAUCAACACCCAUCUACAAGAGGAAUGGACCUAUACCUUGUGGAUCCCCUUAUAUCCAAAACAAAUCUCUAUUAGUUUUGUAUUCUUUAUAGUAAUCUGUAUUUUAUUUUUUACAGUUUCAGAGGAAACGUCUCGAGUCUGAAGAAAAAACACAGCACUACUUAUAUGUUGGGAGCCAAAGUGGACUGUGCUGUGUGUCAGUGCUGCUGCUAUUUAUUUGUUAACUCAAUCAGCAUUCGGUAGAUGUUAGAAUCAAUUAGGCUAGGGGGCUUCCGGUGAAGUUUGAAUAGCGAACAUUCCCAUUAGUACUAGAGAUCCCAUAGAGCUAAAAGCUGAACCUAGAGCACUGACAUGGGAGAAAACUACAGGGACAUGACUGACCUGCAAACACAUGUUGAAAUACCUAAUUGGUUAUAGUUAUAGUUAGUUUAGGGUUAAGGUUAGAAGUUUGGUUAAGAUUAGGGUUAACUUUAGGAUUAGAGUUAUGGGUUGGUAUGCCAGUCACGUCCGUUUAGUGGAAUCCCACUUAGCGCUAUUGAAUGAAGGUACUGCACUGAAGCCGUCCACAAGAUGGCCGACGUCUUCCUCCUCGGGCCAAGACAAGUAUUUAACGUCGAUAUUAUUUCAGUGUUUUAAAGCAAAACAAUCGAUGCAACAAGAAGAAACCAGUAAACUGACUUGUAAGAUUCAGGUGAUUUUGUAUAGUGAUGUUUGAAAUGCCUUUGAAUAUGGCAGUUAUUUUGUUUGUUUUAUUAGCAUGCACUUGAAAUACCUUGCUUUAAAAAGAAAAGCCAAACAAUCACUGGUAGUGUUAAGUAGAUGGAUGUCAUAUAGUGUGCUUUGUAAUAUUAAUGAUGAUGAUGAUGAUCCUAACCUGAUGGAGACAUCUACAUCACUGGGCUGUUCAAAAAUGAAACUGUAAAAACAAUGAAAAAUGAAAUGGUUAUUUAUGUAUGUACAGUUUGCUAAUGCUGAGCUAAUGAAUAAUACUCUCUCUCUUUGCAUAAUAAAAUACAGUACAUAUUAAA